AAACCAGCCCGCAUGCACGCGGCACGCAGCUUAAUAUUCCAUCUCCCUGCCGCGCAGGCCAGGGCACGCUUCGUUCGCGAGGUCGCCGGCGACGACGAUGAUGGCGAUUAUAGGGAAGUUCUCCGGAGCGGCGCUGCAGCUGUCGCUCACGGCGCUGCUGGCGCUCGUCCUCCCAGCCUACUACGUGUACAAGCUCACCACCUACCUCGUCGGCGCCGUCUUCCCCGAGGACGUCGCUGGCAAGGCUGUCCUCAUCACCGGCGCCUCCUCCGGCAUCGGCGAGCAUCUGGCUUACGAGUACGCGAAGAGGGGAGCCUACCUGGUGCUGGUGGCAAGGAGGGAGAUGAGCCUCCGGGAGGUCGGCGACAGGGCAUUGGCGCUCGGCUCGCCGGGCGUCCUCGUCUUGCCGGCCGACGUCUCCAAGCCCGACGAGUGUGAGAAGGUCAUCGACGACACAAUCCGCUUCUUCGGCAGACUAGACCACCUGGUGAACAACGCGUCGAUCUGGCAGGUGUGCAAGUUCGAAGAGGUUGAAGACGUGAACCACUUCAGGACACUGAUGGACAUCAACUUUUGGGGCCACGUGUAUCCAACUCGGCUUGCCAUCCCUCACCUGAGGAAAACCCACGGCCGGAUCGUCGGCGUCACCUCCAACUCGUCCUUCAUAUUCAUCGGAAGAAAUACCUUCUACAAUGCUAGCAAAGCGGCAGCGCUCAACUUCUACGACACCUUGAGGAUGGAGCUCGGCGGCGACAUCCGCAUAACCGAGGUGGUGCCUGGCGUGGUCGAGUCGGAGAUCACCAAGGGGAAGAUCCUCACCAAGGAGGGCGAGAUGAAGGUCGACCAAGACGAAAGAGAUGCGAUCCUAGGGCCGACGCCGGUGGAGCGCGUCGGCGACUUCGCGAGGACGGUGGUGCGGGACGUGUGCCGGGGAGCGAGGUACGUGUUCGAGCCGAGGUGGUACAUGGGGGUGUACCUGCUCCGGGUCUGCCUCCCGGAGGUCCUGGCGUGGAACUCCCGGCUCCUGACCGUCAGCAGGGUCGGCACGUCGACCACCGACACGCUGGGGAAGCGGCUGCUCGACUCGCCGGGCAUCCGCCGCCUCGCGCAGCCGCCGUCCCUCCGGUCGCCAGAGAUCAAGGACCAGUGAGCUAGGCCGGUUGAACUUGUGAAUGUACAGUUGCUGGUCGUGUUCAGGCUAUGCAUGGUGCCAUGCACUUUGCCUGAGCGUUUAGCGGUCGUGGAUUAUAUUUGUGUUGGACAUGGACGAUUAAUAAGUUGCUUGGUGACAUUGUUGCAACAGCUAAAAACAAGACGUAUCGCCGCCUCGUUACUCAACUCGAGAUGACUGCACUUCCAUGAGGUUACCUGAAGGGAGGACGUACGGUUACGGUAUCUAAGCUAGUCUAUUUAGCUGACCAAGUAAGAAAAAUGGCCGCUUCGUUGUGUUUCCAGAAACCACAGACUGACUACAGGGAAAACAAGCCAAACAGCACGAGCUGCAAAGGCCUGUUUGUGGCUAGUCACGGACAUCUUCAGCUUGCAAACUUGUAUGCAGGGCACAAGGGCACAAUUAUGCAGUCGCACGUUACCACUAA